AUGGCACCCACCAAAAAUAGCAGCGAUUCCAAAGCUGAAGACGCCCGCCAGACAGCUGCAAGCCUCCUAUCCAGCGCAUCGUCCUAUGCGCAUCGCUCCCUUGACUCCCUCAUCUCGCCCUCAACUCGCCAACGCGCUUACGACACAACCGCUUCAUUCGCCUCUGACCAGCCGAUACUAUUUUCAUUCAUCGCCUUUCAAGUCCUCUUCUCGCUGCUCCCCAUCCUACUUUUCAUCUCAUUUGCCCUUUCCACCUUCUUUCUCACCCUUUGUGCAGCUGUCAUCUUCACGCUCUUCUGGACCGGCGUCGCAAGUCUAUUCUUGAUUCCUACGCUAUUCAUCACAUCGGCCCUUGCGGUGCUAUGCUGGGGAUCGUCGGUAGGGAGCUUUGUCGUCGCUAGAUGGUUGUACCACCAUGCGCCGGCAGGUGUUUUCCCUCACAGCAGCGGCACGUCAUCGCCAGGAACCGACGUCACGUCUGAUGGAGCAUGGAAAGACGUUCAAGUCAAGCAAUUUGACGAUGUCAAGAGUCUGGAGUAA